AUGUCUGCACCGAUGAAGACGAUGGUGCUUCGUGGCGCUCGCCAGGCCUCCUCGUCCGUGGUUCGGUCGUGCCCGCGAGCUGCCUUUGCGACACUGCCCGCCCGCUCCGCCGCCCAACCCUCACUCAUCGCCCGAUCGAUGCCCAAGACAGUCUCUCCCCCAACCUUUAGCAUCUCCGCCCGCGCGAGCCGCCAGGCGGCCGCCAUUACCUCGACCGCACGUUUCUUCUCCAGCACACCACUCCAGCAAAACGCCGCCGCCAGCACAGCCAACAGCGGCAGCGGCGCCGCCUCCACCGCGGCUCUUGACUGGAACUCGUUUUUCCAACUCCGCGUUAAACGCCGCCGCAUCCAGAUGGUCUUCUCCCUCUUGUCCGGCAUCAUGGGCGGUGGUGCCGGCGCCGUGGCCCUCUCGAGCGGCGCCGCCGACAGCCUCAUCGGCAUGGUGCCUCUGGACCCCUUUGUCACGCUUGGUAUCGCCACCCUGUGCGCCGGUGGCCUGGGCUGGCUAAUUGGGCCGAUCCUGGGCAGCCAGGUGUUCUACCUGCUCAACAGGCGGUACAAGACGCAGAUGCUGCAGAAGGAGAGCGAGUUCCUGACCCGCGUCAAGAAGCACCGCAGCGAUCCAACACAGUCCAGCACCAGCAACCCAGUUCCCGACUACUAUGGCGAAAAGAUCUCGAGCGUCGCCGGAUACCGUCGCUGGCUCAAGGACCAGCGCGCGUUCAACCGCAAGAAGAAUGCCAACUUUGUAUAA